AAGUCCGGGGGUGCGCACCCCGCUGCAGCCCCCAGCCAGCCCGACGGGAACCGCACCCGUACCUACCGGCGUCACAGGGUCAAGGGGACCGGAGGCCGCUGAGUGAUCCUACCACUCCAGCCCCUAGUGAGGCCUUCGGGGCGACACUGUGAGUCCUGCACUAGGAAGUCCUCCUUACAACUCUGCAACUAUCAAAGUUCUGCCCCAUGGGUGUGACCGGGCUUGAGGUCAGUUCUGUAAGCCUUGGAAGUGGUGGUGUUGGGGUGCGUGUCCGAUGGAGUGUGUAGAAAUUCACCCAGCGCCCAGGGCAGGGCCUAGCACCCAGUAGACCCUAAGUAACCCUUUGCGGAAUGAAUGGGAGCAGGCAGGAGAGGGCUGCUCUGCUUGCUCGCUUCCUCUCACUGCCUCCCUGGGCACUUGCAGACAAAAGUAAUUAGGGCGAGCCUUUAAUCACCGCUGAUUGCACAGGCAGAGGAACAAGGAAGCGCAGGGAACAGGAGACAGACAUCCUGGGGACACAGGGUGCUGGCCUGGCUCACGGGCACUGCCUCCGGCCCCCACAGCUUGGCCGUCAAUCUGUUUUCUUGUCUCCCUCAGGACACUGGGUUCUCUAGGAGCUGCCCCAGGCUUAAUGAUUGUCCAGAAGGUGGCUAUAAAGAGAGCCUGGGAGUCUAGGUGGAGGAGGGAGCAGAAAAAGCCCAGCUCAGCAGAUCUGGGCCCAGAGGGAGCUGCAGGCAGGAGCCGUGGUCAGAGGCGCCCUGUCCUGGCCAGCAGGGCUCGCUGGCUUCCACCAUGGCAGCCCAGGGCUAUGGCUACUAUCGCACUGUGAUCUUCUCGGCCAUGUUCGGAGGCUACAGCCUGUACUACUUCAACCGCAAGACCUUCUCCUUCGUCAUGCCCUCGCUGGUGGAGGAGGUCCCUCUGGACAAGGAUGACCUGGGGCUCAUCACCAGCAGCCAGUCGGCAGCCUACGCCAUCAGCAAGUUUGUGAGUGGAGUGCUGUCUGACCAGAUGAGCGCUCGCUGGCUCUUCUCGUCUGGGCUGCUCCUGGUCGGCCUGGUCAACGUAGCCUUUUCAUGGAGCUCCACAGUGUCUGCCUUCGCUGCCCUCUGGUUCCUCAAUGGCCUGGCGCAGGGCCUGGGCUGGCCCCCGUGUGGGAAGGUCCUCAGGAAGUGGUUUGAGCCAUCUCAGUUUGGCACUUGGUGGGCCAUCCUGUCAACCAGCAUGAACCUGGCUGGAGGGCUGGGCCCCAUCCUGGCAACCAUUCUGGCCCAGAGCUACAGCUGGCGCAGCACGCUGGCCCUGUCGGGGGCGCUGUGUGUGGUUGUCUCCUUCCUCUGUCUCCUGCUCAUCCACAAUGAACCUGCCGAUGUUGGACUCCGCAACCUGGACCCCACCCCCUCCAAGGGCAAAAAGGGCUCCAUGAAGGAGGAGAGUACCUUACAGGAGCUGCUGCUGUCCCCCUACCUGUGGGUGCUCUCCACUGGCUACCUGGUGGUGUUUGGAGUCAAGACUUGCUGCACUGACUGGGGCCAGUUCUUCCUUAUCCAGGAGAAAGGACAGUCAGCCCUUGUGGGUAGCUCCUACAUGAGUGCCCUGGAGGUCGGGGGCCUUGUAGGCAGCAUUGCCGCUGGCUACCUGUCGGACCGGGCCAUGGCGAAGGCAGGGCCGUCCACCCAUGGGAACCCUCGCCAUGGCCUGCUGCUGUUGAUGAUGGCGGGCAUGACAGUGUCCAUGUACCUCUUCCGGGUAACCGUGACCAGUGACUCCCCCAAGCUCUGGAUCCUGGUGUUGGGAGCUCUGUUUGGUUUCUCCUCUUAUGGUCCCAUUGCCUUGUUUGGAGUCAUUGCCAAUGAGAGUGCUCCUCCCAACUUGUGUGGCACCUCCCAUGCCAUUGUGGGACUCAUGGCCAAUGUGGGUGGCUUUCUGGCCGGGUUGCCCUUCAGCACCAUUGCCAAGCACUACAGCUGGAGCACAGCCUUCUGGGUGGCGGAAGUGAUCUGCACAGCCAGCACAGCUGCCUUCUUCGUCCUGCGAAACAUCCGCACCAAGAUGGGCCGAGUGCCCAAGAAGGCCGAGUGAGAGGGCAGGUUCCAGAGCACCCUCUCGCACCUGGCUCUUCGCCCCACAGGCUGGGAGGGGAGGGGCCUGCUCUGGCCGGCACUGCACCUCUGACUUCCUUCUGCUCCUUUCCCCUGGCCCAGGUGGCACUGGAAAUGAUCAAUGGCUAAUGAGAUUCCAGCUCCCUGUCCUAUGCUCUAUUUAAAAGAUAACCUUUGUUCUAGGACUCCAUUAGCUUCUAUUUUCUGCCUUCAAACAGGAAAUGCCUACAGCCAGGGAGUCUCCUACACUCUUCUCUCCUGGGCCCUGCCUUGCCCCCAUCCCAUCCCGUCCGUCCCCACCAGGGGUGAGGCUCUCCUGUACCUGCAGGCCACCAUGGCCCUGCCUUCUACCCUAAGGCCUCUCAGCGGGGUAACUGCUACUGCCAGCUCCUCAGGGUCCAGGGGAAGAGAGACCCUCACUCUCACCAUUAUUCUGGGACCCCCCCCCCCGCCGCCCCCGUAUGGGUGGGAGGGUAGGAAGAGUUGUUAUAGGUUUAGCCAAUGACCCAGGUCCAAAAGAUUAAAGCUAGAUUUGAUACUAAACACUGACAGUGAGUCCGUCCUCCUUUCAAAAGGAGUAUGUAAACCAGGCAGCUUUCUCUGGAAAUACCCUUCUGGGGCCUGCUCUUUCCACCCUAAAAGUGAGACCUAAUUCCCUGGAAUGGGGAAGCGGACACGGACUCCUGUGAGUUUAUGUCUCCUUCGCCUCAGUUUAACUUUGUAUAUUUAAUUCUGCGACCACUUCAGAGGUGGAGCUACUGGGUUUCACGCAGAUUAGAGAAGUGAGUGGAGGGAGGCAGUGGCUGAGUGCAGUCAGAAAGCCUCAGCUGUCGGUAACUGGCUCUGAGACUCCCGCACAGAGCACCUGCUGAACCGCUGGUCUGUAACAGAGCCGAGCCCCUGUGGCCUGAGUGAGGAUUAAAUGAGAUAAA